CCUUCGCACCAAGUGCCACCGCUGGUUUAGUUGUCAUCGCCCAAAGCUUAAAAAACGUAAAAUAAGUUUGUUUUUCGUAUUUCUUUACUUUUUUAUCCAAUGUUCGGUAUUGCGAGUGUAACAACGUUGUGCUGAAAGUGAAUUUCCGAUCGUUACACAUCGCACGAUCGUAAAAUAUGAUGGAAAGUCGGGGGCCAAAAACAUCCGCCUGUACCACCAUCAUUACCAGCAGCAGUAAUAGCAACAGCAACAAUAAUGCAACAAACAUUAGAUCAGGGGUAGCAGGAAGUGGGGAGUUUGGACGUAUUGGAACUCCCGGAGGAAUCGCUGUUCCUCAAUCAGUGAGUGCAUUAUGCAGGAUUUGCAUGUUUGAUUUCCGGUUGGACGGAGAAAAAAUGCUGGAAUCUCUUUCCCGGACGACGGUCGAUUCGAGGACUUUGUACUCAAUGUUGAUGAGUAUCUGCACACCGCUGGCUCAAGGGAAUAAUGACGGUAUGCCGGACAAGAUCUGUGGCGGGUGUAAAACAAAACUUGUACAGGCAUAUAAAUUGUAUGAGACGUGCUUGAAAAGUGAUGAGAAAAUUAAGAAACUGUUACAAACUCAACUGCCUGGAGGAAUCCAUGUAAAACAGGAAAUCAUUGAGGAUGAUGAUGAUGUGGAAUUGGCCAAUGUAGAACUUUACUGCGACGCUCAAGUAAAAAGGGAGGAUUCAUUCGGACAUAAUUACCAGUUUGAAGAUCACUUGUACGAAUCAGCUUUGUCGAACCUGAGAAUUCAGUCCGUGCAUAAUGGGCCGGAAGUGCUCGUGCAGUUACAGGAACAUAGUCUCCCACAGGAGGCGCCCCCAAAACCAACCUUUGAAUGCGAAAAGUUUGUCAAAGUGACACCAAAAGGACACACAUGCAUGCUGUGUGGUAGAGACUUCAAGUAUUUCAGUUAUUAUAAACAGCACGCACUGGCCCAACAUGACCCAGAAAAACCACACAAGUGCGAGCAAUGCAAAUACACAUUUAAAACCGAACAACGCCUGUUUCUACACAUGAAAACCCACCUUGAAAUGGAAACUCUUCCAUUGGCAAUCGAACAUGCGGAUAUUCCGGAACCGGAUACUGAGCAGGACCAAGAACACGAACAAGACCAGAUGGAAGAUAUUAUCAACGACGAGGACGCCACUGAUGCAAAUAUAUCCAUUAAUCCGGAAUCAGGAGAGAAAGUUUACACAUGUCUUAUUUGCCAGAAGCAGUUAUCAACGCUACCCCUGUAUAACCGGCAUCGCACAGUGCACACUGUCCGAGGUCGUCCAUACGAGUGCGAUAUAUGUCACUAUCGUUUCGCAAUGAAAUUCAGUUACAAUGCACACAUGCUACGUCACGAACAAGGAAAAGAUCCUGCCCAACCAGCAACAUUUAAAUGUACCGAAUGUGACGAGAGUUUCCUAAGGCGGAAACUAUUGAAUAUCCAUGUGGCCACUGAGCACGAGAAUAUGCCAGCACCACUGAACAAAACAGCUCCUGCAGCGAUUCUAACUAGUAAUAUAUCGGAUGGACGUCACGGUCAUCCCUGUCCAAUCUGCCCGGAGACGUUUAAUCGGGAGUCUGUGCUAAACAAUCACCUAAAAACGCAUGAGCUCGAGGCUGCGCAACUCAAACACUCUGAGGUUUAUUAUGUAUGCACUGUCUGCGGAAUGGAAUGCGAAACACGUCAAAUUUUCGAUAAUCACAUUAGAACCCAUGGCGAUGUUCAGUUUUUAAAUAAUGCUAACCAAUCGGUAGACGCCGAUGUCAGCGACGACGAUCACGCACAGAAUGGUGAUGAAUCAGUUGCUACCAGCACCAAAUCGGACGGGAAAGCCGGGGCUAAGUGCGAGCUCUGUUCUAAAACAUUCCCAUACGCUUGUAACCUAAAGCAGCACAAAAUCAUUCAUCACUCCGAAUUGAAACCACACGAAUGCUCCGUCUGUCAUUACCGGUUUGAAUACGAAGGCACACUGCUCCGACACGUGCAGAAACAUUCCAAACAGGAAACUAGUGCACCACCGGUUGCUACUAUUCCGACAGAGGACCUAAUUGUUGCUCCUCCAGGAGCCUCCCUGAUCUACAAGUGUAAGCUCUGUUCUGCACGCUUUCAAAAGCAGAAAUCAAUGCAAUGGCAUUUGAAAACACACCGGUCGAUCGUUGCUAAUGAGGGAGCGAGUGUACAAGAGUUGGAACAAAGUCUUAACCUACCAGCGCCAGCUCAACCAGUAUUGAAACGUUCUUCAUCGCCCUCAAGUACGAAUGCGGCAGUUAAGGCGCUCCAAUCCGCGGACACGGCUGCUUCACCUGCCGCUACAUCGACGCCAGCUCGUUCGAAAUCUCCUGGUGCACCAACACCCACUAGUGCCAAGUUGGAGCUGAAGGUACAACCGCAAACAGUUGACAAACCCGCUAGCAGCACACCGAAGAUGUUCAAAUGCAAUUACUGUCCACAGAAUCUAGAUUCGGAGGAUGCUUACUUUCAGCAUCUCAAAGGACAUCGCGUGCGCCCGAAUGCAACCGAUCCUCUUCAAUCGGAGAGUGAUUCUCCGCCGUUGAAAAAGAAACGGGCCUGGAUUCGUUCGGGCGAUCAUCACCGUUGCAACUUGUGUCUCAAGCAGUUCACGUUCCGCAGUCAACUUCAGCAGCACACUGCUUUGCAUCACCAGCCAGGAAAACCAUACGAAUGCAAUAAAUGUCACUACAGUUUCGUACACAAACUCAAUCUUAAAAGACACGAGCUGACACACUUGGAGGAGGAACGUUUAGCUAGUGAGGACGAUCCAUCCAUUCAGCUUCUGGAGGAUGAAGGUUUCAAUGCGGAACUGGAAGAGGUUGACGAGCCGGUGCUGGAGGAGGCUUCUACGAACAAACCAUCAGAGGACGGCAACGAACCUCUAGCAAACGAAGCAACUGGAGUAUCAAAGAAGAACAAAUGCGUUGUCUGCUCGACUGUGUUUCAACGGGAAAAUGAACUAAUCGAACAUCUCAAAACUCACAUAGAGCGAAUCAAAGUGUCCAAACAAGAGACACAAACCGCAAAAAAAAUUCUAUCUGAUGACAGUGAUCGAAAGUGCAAACUAUGUCUGAAGGUGUUUAAGUUCUCCUGCCAACUGAAGCAACAUGUUCAAAUGCAUCACGCCAAAGACAAGCCUUUCGAGUGCAACAUUUGCAAAUAUCGAUUUGAAUUUAAGGGACAUAUGAUUCGUCACAAGGCCAUAAAUCAUGCCGAGGAGGUAGCCGCCGAAGAAGCAGAGAUGGACGAACUUCCGGCAAAAAUCACUACCCCGACGGUUAAAUUAGACGGCUCCGAAGUUUAUCAAUGCCCGGUUUGUCCGUUAAAUUUCGUUAAACAACGGUCCCUCACGUGGCAUUUGAAAACUCACACUACUCGACGGUCAAGGCAUGAUGACGGCAUAGCAUCCACUUCAUCCGGCGAGAUAAUGCAGUGUCGUUUCUGCUCCCGUACUUUCCGUGAUGUAUACGAACUAAAAGCACACAUGGUUACUCACGUCGGCAGUGGAGCAGCGACGUCCGCUACCUUACCUGAUGCAGAACAUUCUUUAUUCGGUUCCGGCUUGGAUAUGAUGCUGCAAGACUUCCCGGACAGUAUGGAGAAUACCGCUACUGAUCCACUAUUUGACGAAUCCAAUCUGGAGUUGGUACUGGAAGAUAACUUCGACAAUGAUGAUCUCGCGUUCAACAUGCCCUACCAUGAUACACCACCGCUUCCACCAGCCAAGCGAAGUCUUCCAAGUAAUGAAAACUCAAUUUAUGACAUGGCUGAACCCGGUGCGUCGACUACGACAGCCAAAAGCAAAAUCAUCUGUGAGUUAUGCAAGAAAGAUUUUCUCUACUUGUGCAAUUUGAAGCAACACAUGCAGCUUCACCACGCAAAGGAAAAACCCUUCGAGUGUAAAAUUUGCUUCUACCGCUUUGAAUACAGUGGCCAUCUUGUGCGUCACAUUCGACAGAACCAUGACAAAAGCCUGGCUGAAGAUGCAGCUGGCGAAGCAAGCGAGAAGAAUUUUGUCUGUACCUUCUGUUCAGAACUUUUUGAGCAAAAAUCUCAGCUAAAUACACAUCUUCACAUGUACCACAAAGGGGAGAAGCAGUUCAAAUGCGACUCUUGUCCUGCCUCUUUUGCUUACAAAAAAGCGUACGAUACUCACCGAGAAGAACAUCACACUCACAAACGUUCAGAUUCUUCUACCGCUACUACAUCUGGUUCUUCUACUAGAGUUUCAAGUGGUGCUCCCACUAGUUUCUCCUGCAACUUCUGCAAGAAGACAUUCAGUUCAGCACAGAAGGUGGACAACCAUGUAUGUUUCCAGUAAAUAAAGCCCCAUUAAUGAGAUGCGCGCGACAGAGAUUGAUUAUUUUAAAUCACAUAAGUUAAUCGUUACAUCUGAAGAAUUAAUUAUCUGCAUUAGGUAAAGUGCUUCUUUCCCUAUGAAGUUAGCACUGUCAUUUUUAGUAAAGGUAGUAAAGUACUUUGGAAAUAUAGAAGAAGUUUGACUGCGAUAGACUCGUCAAAUCAGCAAAUUUAGUUGUUAGGCAAGAAAGCAGCAAAAGGAAAUGAAUAAUGUUUAGGUUAAGAGCCAUACUAUUGUUUAUGAAACACUAUUCUAGAGAAGUGUAAGAUAUUUUAGUUUACUUAUUUUUAUGUUCGAUAAUAUUCUCUAUUUUGUGAAUGUUAGCCGGCGAUACGUCAACGUACUAAGCCCAAUAAUACGCAACUUCUUUUUAACUUCUUUGGAUUAAACAAACAGAACGUUUUAUGUUUUUAACAAUCGCAUUCGGCACACAGAGAGUAUUAUUUCAAAAAGAGUAUCGGAAUAAAUUAGUAAUGUAUUGUACUUUUGGUAUAUUAUUUAUAUUAGCGCUAAGUCUUGAAUUAACCUGAGAAUUUAAGACAGGCUGUCUAGCAAAAUAUUACUUUGUUCCCGACCAUGUCUACGUUACAAUCCGCAUUAUUUUUACUUGCGUUUACAAUUGAUUUAUGUUACUGGUUCGAUAUGUGACUAGCGAAUUUGAGAACAUUUAAAAUAAGAAACUAUAUUACUUUUAAAAACAAUAACAAUAGCAUGUAACAUUAACCGUUAUAACUUGCACCUUGAUAUAAAAAAUAUGAUCAAUAAAUAAACCUAAUUAUAUUACGUAUAUAAUUGAAUCACUGUA